AUUUUUUUCUUGUCGAAUUUCACAAAAAGUCAUAUAAUUUUUUUUGCUUCUGUUGCCAUCAGGAAUGCACCAUUAAAAUAUCUCGCAAUGCUCACGGGCACCUUGUAUUAAUUAAUGCCUAAUCAAAUACCAACCAAAUGUAUGGUAGACAUUUGUUAUUGCGAAGGUACACUUAAGCAUACCUAUUCUAUUUGCACAGUUGGCUAUAAAAACGUAAGAAGCACUAACUUCAACUGAUAUUUGUCAUUUCCAUCCGAUAACGUGGUGGCGUCGAAAGAUGUGGAAGUACAAUUUACUGGUAGUUUUAAUGUUUCUGUGUGUAAGGGCUAUAAGGUCUAAAGAAGACAAGGCAGAUGUUGUGCCAGAAAUGUGUGGUGAAGAAGAUACAGGGGUCGAGUUUUUGCCGAAAGCAUUUGAUCCAAUAAUUAACAGUACCAAAAAUGUGUUUAAAAACGUUCUAUUGCCUGAUUCAAAUACUACAGGAAGCCAAGACGAGUUGAAAAGUACCAAGUGUGUUGGUGACGGGCUUCUGGACUUCAUACAAUGCGUGGUGGCCUCGAAGAUAGAAAGUUUUCGGCAAGAUCUUAGCCAGGUUGCUUUCCCCGAGACACAUCCCGAGGUGUUUCGGCGGCACCACAUGAACUCCAAGAUCCAGAGCAGCCUUGAGGAGUGGAUUAAGAAGUUUAUCAAGGACAUGGUUCCAGAUACAAAUUGUACAUCUGAUGAAUAAACUUUUGGUGUACCUACAUAAAUUGAUAUUGAAUUUAACUCACAUACGCAUAUUUCAACUAAGUACCUCUUGUUGAUUUUAUUAAUCUUUGAAGAAUAUUAUAUUGGUAUCGCAUAUAUUGUAUUAAAUGUACCUAUACCUAUCUACGAAAUAGGUAGAUAGGUAUACUUGUGAAUUAUCCUAGUGUUCGAUUGGCGUUAGAAAACUGUACGAAAUUCACACAUUUUUGAGAUAUAUUCAAAAUUCAAAAUUAUAAUUAUCUCGGCUUUGAAAAGUCCCCAAUAGCCCCUAUAAUAUGUAGGUACUCCAAAUUGAACGAAAAUAAGGAACUGCAUUAGAACUUUAUAAUUUGAUGUCAAGUUGAAAUCAUUUUAAAAUUUCUAACGUUUUGAAAGUGGAUUAUUGUUGUUCUAUGAAGUGUGCAGAAAGUGAAUAGUGAUACAUUCCUGCACGAGAGCAUUUUAUAUUACAAGUACAUUUUUCAAGGUUUUUUACGAUAUAAGAAAUUAAAAAUUGGUUUUAAAUGGA